CUUAUCUCAUUGGAUGGAACUUGCAAGUAGUCUUGGUAGCUGAAUCAAACUUUAUUCUCAGACACAGUACACUGAAUGGCUACUCACAACCACCACCCUUCUCCACCACCACCACAACAACCGCCAUCACUCGACCACCUCGCACAAACCAUCUCCACCCUCCUCCACCGCGUCGAAGCCCUCGAAUCCUCCCUCAACCUCCACACACACCAACCUCUCCGCCACGCCGCCGCACGCGUGAUCCAAACCCGCUUUCGCUCCCUCCUCGUUCGCAGAUCAAGAACCCUCAGCCAUCUCACUUCCUCAAAUUCUCUCAAACCCUCUUCUUCCAGCCACCCCCACUUCGAUUUCUCAGCUCCCUCCCUCAAACUUGGGCUCAACCCUCCUGGUGGUGAUUCCGAUGCCCCAUUUAACCUUAACGCACACCCUUCUACUUGUGGAACUGGCAUCUCUAUACUAUCAAAUGGCUCAGAACAAUUGGCCAUUGUAAAUCCUUGCUCCACAUCCUUGACAGAAUGGAAGAAAGAUGAAAUUAAGAUUGGGCUCAGCCCUCCUGGUGUUGAUUCUGAUGCCCCAUUGAACUCUAACACAGAACCUGCUACUACUUGUGGAACUGGCAUCACUAUACCAUCAUCAAAUGGCUCAGAACAAUUGGCUAUUGCAAAUACCACGACUCAACCUCAUGGCAAUGGAGAAUGUAAGAAAGAUGAAAUUGAGAUUGUGCAAUCUGCAUAUAAUUGUGAAGUUUGCAAGAUAGAUUGCCGCACAAAGCAAAACCUGGACCAGCAUAAAUUAGGAAAGAAGCACAAAAAGAACUUGGAGAAACUAACCCAAGAUCAUCCCUCUGGGUCGUCUAAUCCUGCUAUCGAGUUGGAGAAACUAACCCAAGUUCAUCCCUCUGGGUCAUCUAGUCCUGCUAUAGGACCACAACAAGAACAGAACGACGAGGGCAAAUCUAUCGGUGGGCAUAAGAAAAAGAGGAAAAAUGAAACUCCAGAGGAUUUGGAGAGGAAGAAAAAGAAGCUUAUUGAAUGCGGGACAGUAGCUGAUGCAGUUAGAACAUGUGAUAUAUGUAAUGUGGUGUGUAAUAAUGAGUCAGUUUAUAAAUAUCAUCUUGCAGGAAAAAAGCAUGUGGCUAUGGUGAAGAAAGCUUCAGACCUUGGACAAGGCAAUGGCAGUUAAAUUUCCUUUUUUUUUUUGAUGUCAGGAACAUUAGGUUUCUUUUCAUGACAUUGUUUAGCUUCUCCACUGAAUUGAAUAGAGUAUCUGUUGUUUAAUUUUAGUUUUAUAUGACAAGGGAUUGAUGUUCUUGAA